GCAGAGCCUCCCUUUUUACUCUCCUGUGCAUGCUUGAUGACUGACACUAACACCACGUGGCUUUAAAAAAAACAGUAGAUAAUUGCAAGCAAACAGUUGUGUGAGGCUGAGCGUAGCCCCCUCCCCAAAGGCAGACACCAUUCCUUCAGAACAUGCCCCUGGGCAAAGGAAACCUCCUUCUCAAGCCAUCUUUUCACUGCUGCCCAGGUUCAGACUCCAAAAUGCGGGAGGUGUGUGCUGGCUGUGACACCCCCAUCUCUGACCGGUUCCUCCUGCGAGUCAAUGAGCGCUCCUGGCACGAAGGCUGUGUGAAAUGUGCUGUCUGCCUGCAGCCGCUUUCUGGCACCUGCUACUGUCGCAACCGGCAGCUGUACUGCAAACACGACUAUGAAAAGCUGUUCCAGACCAAGUGCAGUAGCUGCUUGAAGGCCAUCGCCCCCUCUGAGCUCAUCAUGCGGGUGCUGGAGAACGUCUACCAUGUUCACUGCUUCUACUGCUGCGAGUGUGAGCGCCGUCUGCAGCGGGGAGAUGAGUUUGUACUCAAGGAGGGGCAGCUGCUGUGCCGCAGCGACUAUGAGAAGGAGAAGGAGAUGCUGAGUGCUAUCAGCCCUGCACCCACUGAGUCUGUAAAAAGUGAGGAUGAAGAUGGUAGCCAUUCACACAGCAAAGGCAGCGAGGAGAACAAAGACCACAAGCGCUCCAAGCGUCCACGCACCAUCCUUACCACACAGCAGCGGCGGGCAUUCAAGGCCUCAUUUGAGGUUUCCUCAAAACCUUGCAGAAAGGUGAGAGAGACCCUUGCGGCUGAGACAGGCCUGACUGUGCGGGUGGUACAGGUCUGGUUCCAGAAUCAAAGAGCCAAGAUGAAGAAGAUUGCUCGCAGGCAGCAGCAGCAGCAACAGCAACAGCAGGAGCAAGACCAGCUGGGCAACCCUCGCUUAGGGACUGGGAGAGGGACUGGUCGCAGCAGCAGGCAGAGUAAUGAUGAUAGCGAAGAUGGUGCGAGUGUUCAUGGCCUGGAUGGGCUCAUGGUCCCCUAUCCCAGGAUCCCCCAGCAGCAGCUGCUGCCCCUGGAUCAGAAUGGCUACAGCACAGACUUGUACAGACAAGGGCUUACGCCACCCCAGCUGCCAGGAGACCAUCUGCACCCCUACGACUCAGAAGGAGUUUUUCACGACAUGGACAGUGACAGCAUCAGCCACCUGGGAGACUGCCUGCUGUCAACAGCUGAAGCCAACCUCCUCCAGGCUCGAGUAGGUAAUCCCAUUGACCGACUCUACUCCAUGCAGAGCUCCUACUUCACAUCCUGACCAUAGAAAAGCUCCCAGCUCUUCAUGAGCAUCUUGGAUAAACGCUGCUCCAAAUUCCGAAUAAGGGUGAGGGAGAAGAAACAAGACUGAGACCUUCAGAGACACUCAUUGAAUACUGCACAAUGGAGGAUGCAACUGAGUUUGCCAAGCGUAUAAGCACUAAUUCAUAGAGACCUUCCACAUAGCCUGGAGGACUUUGGAAUGCUUCUCUCCUUUUUUUUCUAGCCACAAGUAGAUGGAUGGUAUGAUGUUGCUUAGCUGUAACUUUAGCAGUUUGUCCAGCGUUUAAGCUUUUGAGCAUAUGGCCUUCAAACAAAGACUGGCCAAGCUAACCAGAGUUGCCCCUAGAAGUAGCAGGUCCCCUUCCUCUGCCAACUAUGUUUAUUUAAGUCUUGACUGCAGCUGAGCUGUUUGCUGUGCUGUUUUGCCCCUUUUCCCAAUCCAGAUGCAGACUUCAUGGGACAAGGUUCAUUUCCAACAGUAAAGGCCAAAGUCCUGAGGCAUCUCUAAAGGAUGCCACUGUUGCCUCAGAGACCUUCUUCAAGGUUGUCAAUUAGUUGGCAUAGGAUGAUUUUUUUUAAUGUUUGACACCUCAGAAAUGCGUGAUAGUUUGGCCCUUGAAUGAAAUGGCUGUGCUUGGGUAUCCACUUAAAGGAACAAAAGAAUAUUUAUCCUCUGUCUUAUUCAAGGAUGUCAAGACAAGUGCAACACAUCCAGAGCGUGCUCUCGAUUGCCUUUAUGUCCUUCUUUCUCUAAAGGGGCAAUUUUACUCCCUUUGUGGAUGGAACAAAGACUUAUCUUCACAAAACCACAGUUUCCAGCUACGCUAGUUUCUGCUUGUUUCUUUUUCAAAAUAGCAGAGUGAAACAAUUUUAAUCUAAAAAUAUUCCUACUAGAAAAGCCUUCUUCUAUAUUUCUGUCUUCAGUAGGGUUUCCCACCCCGACUCUGCUUUCAGUUCAUUGAAGGCAUCCUAGCAGUUUUCUUCCCUCCAACAAGUGAUGAGAGAAGGAAAUGGAAUUGCAUUAUCUCAGGAUGUGUCCAUGCCAAGUCAUUUCACUCAUUCACUACACUUGGUUUUUGCUUUGAGGGCAACUCACUGGUGACAGCAGACUUCAGCUAAGAGAAAGGCAUGCCUCCUCUGUGGGUAGAAAGAAACAAUACCUUUUCUCCACCCAUCAUGAUGUCUUUCUGCAUGGUGCAGCUGAGCGUUACAAGUAGAUGGGUACCAAUGUGAGUACCCAUAAAAGGUAAAACAGGAAAGAGAGAGCAGAGAAUGGACGUCUGAAUUAUCACCAAAAAGGAAAUUCUUUAUUCUCCUGCCCAGGACCCAAGCCUGGGAUUUGGUUCUUUAUAUAUAUGAAGGAAAGCUGGUAUUCCUAAAAAGGGCAGGUGUUCCCAUGAGCCUACUUAAGCAUGCCAGCUGAAGGAAUAAGGUCCUCCAGAACUAAGUUCCCUUGUCUGUUUGAACAGACUGAAUGACUGGCAGACAACGCCAAAAGGAAAUAAUGACCUAUUUUUAAAUCUGGAUCUCAAGAGAUGCGAGUCCAGCAUUGAAACCAGAGAAGCUGGCUGACUGAUGUUUCUGUAUGUGGUGUUUACUUCUAAGCCUCCACAGGCUUGUCAGUCUGAUUUUAAAGAUGUGCAUCCUCUCAAAUGAAAAGGAAGAAAUGGCUAAUUACUGUUGUUACUGUGGUUAUGGAGGAAGAUACCCAGGAACUAUAUAAUACUGGAUUUUGGAUGAAAGGACACACAAUCCUGAUACAUUUUGCUUUUUAUCAGGAAUUCUUCGCCUUCUCAUGACAACUCAUAGAGAACUGACAUAAAGAAUGAUGUGUAACAGACCUGCAACCCCUAUAAAGCUUACUCCACCACUGCUUCACCUUUAAUAAAGCUGUGUGAAUGUGACACUUGCUGAUGUGCAGUCACUUGCCCUUGUGUUUACAGAGCCGAAUUCUGUAGCUGGACUUUCCUUUGCUGUCAGUAUCAGAUGUUUUUCCCCAGAUGGCAGUUGUGUAGUUUAGACACUUUGACAUUUCUUUUCCAGAGGGAAGGGGGAGCCUCUUGCAGAAACAGCAAUUUAUGACAUCUAUUUACCCAGAUAUAUGAGUUCUAAGGUAGGUUUUACCCAUUCAUUCCAGACCAAGCUGCUGCAGUUGGUUGAUUUCCACCUUUGUUGUGUGGUCAUCCAUCCAUAAGAAACGAGACUGAAAACUCCUAAAGCUGUACGUUUCUUUUGGUGGCUCUUGCACUAGAGAUGGUCUCCGUUUAGAUUAAGUUUUAAGAGAAUGUUACAGUGAACUAUGUACAAAUUUAUGUUUCUUCCAAAUACUGGAGCCAGCUUCACCCACUGAAACCCUACCCUCUCUUCAUUGUGAUCUAGUGCUGUGAUGUGCCAAUGUUUUUUGCAUGUACAUUUGAAAAUAAAAAGCAAACUUGAAGUGGAAAUUCUAAAGCUUGCCUCAGCACAGUCAGACAAACUGCAUGCACGAGUGGCCAGCGCAAACCACACCCAUGCAAGCAGGUCCAUCUAACUCUGUGCAGUUGCAGUGAAACUUGGCCCAGGCUCCUCAGGAGGAGAGCCCAUCAGACCGUUACCUUUCCCAGGAACUAGGUAUCCUGGAGCAAUUGAGGAACUAGUGUUGGCAGCUGUUCAUCCUUUAAUACAGAGUCAGCGAACUCAGAAGGAGUUACAGUUAGUUGCAAGAGAAACAGGAAUCCCAACAUGUAUAAAUAAUUAAAUAUGGUAACUUUUGUGAAGACCUAUGCUAGACAUGGAGCUACUGAUGCAAAAGAGGCUGAUGUUCAAGUACAGUUCAAGUACAGAAGCCACUUAUGAGAUUUGUUUCCUGUAACUAAGGAAGGAAAUGAGCACCUCUUAGGUUACAGUUACUCUCCAGUUGAGCCCAGAUACUGCUUGAAACAGGGAUAGAGAAAUCAGAACAGCAGGCACCAGAACCACAGCUGACAUUGUGAGAGCCUGGAAAACUAACAGGCUUGACAAGCAAGUCCUGCUGCUUCUCUUAGAAGAGAAACAUCAUUUCAGAGGGACAGAGAGGCUUUUAACAUCAACAUCAUAACCAGGUAUCAGUUCAGUGACUGCAGGCAAAUCUAUUCCCCACUUUAUUUUGCAUCAGUAGGUCUUCUGUUCUUGCAGUGACAACAGACUUGGGGCAGAUACUGACAGGAGCGUCACUGAGCAGCAGCUCUGAUAAAUGGGAAGAAGCAGAAGUAGCUUUGUGAGUGUGUGCUACAUAAUCCUUUGCAUGUCAUGGUGCAAAAGGGAUCCGACCCUUUUGCACCCAAGGGAUAACAAGCUGUACCCCAAAGUACCAAUGGACAUCAGCGAGUUAAGUCACAUGGCUAUCACAGGACUUGGAGAAAGUAUGCCUGUUAGGAAAUACUACCACAAACGGGCAAAGCCCGCUCAGCAGCGGAGGUAGGAACACAGAAUCGUAGGCACUGUGGCCAACACUCACUUUUUAGCGUUCCCAUUUUGCUCUACAUUGUUCUCAUCAAGCAGGGAAAUGCAGGUUCUUGGCUGGGACAUACCAAUAUAUUUGCUGAGAAUGAGGGUUUGGGAAUCCCCGUUGCACACUGAAAUGCCCAGACGUGUUUCUCUCGUCUCUCCAGAAAGGAGAAUAAAGGUCAAUAACAGCAAAUAGAGGUGCUAGACUGACCACGAGAUGAAAAGCGCUCCCUUUUGUCCAUGCAACUUCCCCCAUGCUUACAAGUGACUCAGAAUCAUCUGGACAACAGCCAAAUAAAGCAAACGUGUGUGUGUGUGUGUGUGUGAAUGGAAUGUGGUUCUGCACAGCUCUCUGCCCUCUACAGUUGCCCAUUUCAGACCUGGGCCUGCCAGCAGCACUAAAUCUCUCCCUGUGACUGCAAACACCAAAGAAACAUGCUGAUUUAUGGUUCCUUUAAGUAAGAGAAGCAGAGUGUAAAAUGAGAGCAUUUUCUGGAUGAAAAAUUAAAGAGAUGUUUUUGUUCGUUCCUCAUUCUAAGAUCAUGUGUAAUUUACCUUAUUGGUUUUAAAGUUCCACUUGAAAGGAAAAGUGACAUCAACAGAAGUUAAAGAAACAGGCUGAACAAAAUCCUGACAUGUUUAACUUCAUAUUCUGAGAGACCUACACCAAAAAAAUGGAGGAAAAACAAAGCAGAGAAUUACCUAAACUAAUGAUCCAUGGCUUUCUCUUAGUUAAGGAUCUCAGAACUCCUUGCAUGCAUUAAUUAAUUAUCCCUCAUUACUCUCCAUACAAUUAGGUGUUGUUUGUUUCAGAGAGUAGGCAGAGACAGAGAACACAGAAUGACUAGCUUUCUAAGGCCACACAGACAGACAAUGGAGAAGUCAGAACAGAAAAACUAACAUCCAGUUUGCUUAACUACCAGCCAAAAUGCACAUACGACUGAAAACGGAGUCCAGAGCAAUUAAAAAGAGGAGAAAACAUAGAACACAGAUUUUUACCUAGCAGAGAGUAGGCAAGCCCAUGCUAGAAGCCAAGUGAUUUGAAACAAAACUACUACAGUGACACAAAAAGACUUUUGUGUGGAUGAAGGAUACCUUAGACCAAUUAACCCCCGAGCGAGAACACUUAUAAAGGUUUAUGAGCCUGCUUUCUUAACAGUUCUCAAGCAUCUUAGAACUUGGUCCUUUGGGUUCUUCUUGAUACUGCAGGGCUUGAGUGUUUAUUUCUGGUCUGCUUUGUGUUUGUGAGGAGGUGAGAACACCAAUCUAUCUGAAUCCUGGUCUAAAUCUUUUUUUUUUUUUUCCUGAGUCUCCCUCUCCAGGAAACGUAAGCUUAUUCACUUAUUGAUUUCAGCCACUUGGCAUUAAUUUAGCUGAAUCUCUCUGCAGCCUUUGGAGAUAACGCUGAACCUACCAGUUCGAUUGACUGCCUGAGGACUUUUUCCCUUGUUCAGCCUGAUGCCAGUAACCAUCCUACUUCUAACAGCUUUUUGCAUUUACUUCUACGAGCCUGUCCUAAUUGAAUUAUACGUAUCCUGUACAUUGGCUCUGAAUACGCGUGCAACAGUAUCAUAAUUCCGUGGUACAGGAAUGAAGAGAACACUUCCUGGUUUUUAAUACUUGUCUGAUUCUCAGGUUUUCAGAGGUCUCCCUUGCCAAUUUACACUUUGUGAAAGAUACUGGAGCAAUCAGUGCUCCUUUUAGGAAAUGCUUUUAUCACUGAAUAUGUUUCCAAUGACAGGACCAAGAAACAACAGCUGGAUUUGGAAAUAAAAGCUUUGCAUUGCCAGAUCAGAGCGCUAGGCUGUCUAAUCUAGAUCUCUAACACUCACAGGAGCCGAUAGCUUAUGCUUCAGGGCACUUGUUGGCCCUGGGUAUCUGGCUUUGCCUUAUUUCCAGCUGCUAACAUGCAUCCAAGCAAUCAGAUACACAGCAGCCCUUCCCUCAUAUUUGUCAAUGUCAGCAAUCGCUGUAAUUGCCACUCCAACUUUAUCCCAGCAAAAAGCAGGAACAGGUAGCCCAGGAAGCUAGAAAGAAAAGGAAAAAUAGCUGCAAAACUGCUGCUGUUAACACGCUUCUCACUUGGAGGAGGUCUUAGCCCCUCAGCUGUGAUUAAUCAGGCAGUUCUGCACGAUAUAGCCAUGGAUUCCUUCGAGGCUAAGAGGAGAGCAAGAGAACACUCCUUGGCUCCUGCCAGCCAUUAUCUGGCAGAUCCAGUCUAAGGAAAGAAGAUUGCUAGUGUUUCCUUCACAGUAUAAGAGCAUUUUCUUCCACUUUUCACAAAGGUACUUGCCAAACUUGAUAAGGCUACAAGUUGAUCUAGUCCAGAAGACCUGGUAAACUGAGGAAGGCAACAAUUUCAAGUAGUGGCCAUCACCACAAUAAUUCCCUAUAAGGGAAGGUUCUGUCCUGAUUCUCUGCCACAUGAAGUUAUGCUACAUUUGUCUAGUGAAAAGAUGUAUGAGAACAUUCUUUAUUCAGAAUUACACCUGCACAAGUAAUUUCUGUCCUUGACUGCACAUGGAAACAGAGUAGAGCAACAUCUACCUCUCCCACCUCUCCCUAGUAACAAGUUAACUGAACCCUGUGAGAGUUGGCUCAUCAAUGGCAACAGCAAGUGCCUGGCAGCUCAGUGGUUAAUGUGUUAGACUGAGCAAGUAAUAACAGAGUGGCUCAGGCUCCUGAGAAGGAAGAGACAUAACUGGGCUUAAGAGGAGGCCCAGUGCACCUUAAACAUAAUGAAAAAUGGCUUUUCUGCUGACAGGCUGACAUUUCAAUACAAUGUCAACAACAUGUAAAGCACCUUCACUCCUGUAUAAUGGCAUCCUUAAUAAAGCUAUUCACACCACAGACAUUUAUGACUAAUCAGGUGCUGCCUGGUAUAAAUAAUCUCAAGAGACAGACUAAAAAUAGAUUUCCCCUCUUGUUCUCGUAGCAGGUGCCUCCUCUCUAAAUUCACUUUGAAGCAAAGCUACCGCUGUCUUUUCCCCCCAACUUUCCUGCCAGUAGAUGAAACAGCUCUUUACAUGUUUCAAUGCACAGAAUUUUACAGAAAGAGAGAAGUAAAGUGUUUUCUGCAAGGGCACAUGUGUUGUUAGACAUGACCCCAGCAUCUAGGUAUGCAGCAAAUCCCAUCACUGCUGAAAUGCAGCCACCUCUGUGAGACAGAUGACAGCAGCACUGACAGCCAGCUUCAUGCUUCAAGCUCUGCUAGAAGCUGGAACAGAUAAACUUCAAUCUGUUGCCCCUCUCCCCAGAGGCGUUAAACUCUGCCCAACUGCAGAAAGCAGAGUAAUGUUUGCCAAACACCACAUGCUCAAAGGCAAAAGCCUGGACUUGCGCCUGGCUGAAACACGAAUAAGGAUCAAUGCAGCCUGGGCAGGGGGUGUGAACCCCUUGCGAACCAGGUUAAAGUCAAGUUUCUUGGUCUAAGAGAGGCCUCACCCUCUCUUAGAAGCACAAAAGCCUCAUACUAAAAACGCAUCAAAACUAUGCUAAACUUUCAGACAAAGACUCUGCUGGUGCUGUACACAAUAUAGUUUCUGCAUGUGGUUUGGUGCUGCACAUUUUGGAAAAGGCUUGGUUUAUGGUCCCCCAUCACUGUUCUGAAAGUCAAAGUGCCUAUUCUCAGCAGCAGCAAAGCCUUCGCUCUCAAGCUUAGCAGAUGCUGUGUUUGUAUAAGAAUAGAGACGGCUCAUCUCUCCUUCUUUAUAACCUGGCCUGCAAGUAUCCCACAGGAUUCUUCAGAGUUUAUGAAGACCCAACUUCUCCCGGUUGUUCUUGGUCCCACUUACACAUACAGCACAUUAAACAGAACUAUAGAGAUUUUCAGACGUUGGCAGACAGGAAUAGACCUAGUUUGCAGUGCCUUGCAGCUCUCCCUCUGCCAUCAGUGCAUGCAGUUGGAGAUGCUCAUAGGUCUCAUGAGUCCUUGUUCUUAAUUCAUUCCUCUUAAGACAAUCCAACGUUUCUCAUAUUGUUUUAAUUCUUCUUCCAUUAGUUACAGUCCAGAAGCAAUCUCUCCUUCUACCUGGGUUCUUUGUUUCCCUGUGUAAGAAGAGUGGUGGUCACCCCCCACCUGGCAUUUAAAGAUCCCUGUUUGUUGUGCUGUUGAUAGAGCAGUCAGGUCUUGUGCAGCACUCUGCAGUUCAGUUAUUCUGCUCUCUCCGCUGACAGAAAGACUCCCUCUGCUGGUCUUAAAACAGCACAAGGCACUGGGCUACAGCCCUUCCCUCAUAGCACCUCCCAGCACAACAAGUUUUCAGGUGGGUCAAGCUGGGACCUUCAUGAAUCCCAUCAAGAACUUUCACUCUAGUUGGCCCAGGUCAGAAAGCAGCUCCCAUCAUCAGCAGGCAAAGCCAGACCUGGCUUUUGAGCUUCAGAAAGUGUUUUUUUCUAACUGGGAUGAAGAAAAACAUUGCAAUUAAUUAUCAAAGAAAUUGUUGAAGAAUACAGGCGGCAGAAACAGAGACAAAGUCUGAUUUCAGCUUUCUGUUCCUAUUCAAGCACAUCUACAGGUUGCUGCUGAUCCUUUAGUAGUACUUCAACACAGUUCUGUCAUUUAUUCACUUAUGAUGCUGUUAAGAGCAUGGGGCACCAGCAGGCAAAACCGAGUGUAAAAGUGCUGACAGAUCAGGGAUGUUCUGACACCCUGAUCAGAAUCCAGCUGCUUGCUUAAGACAAGUGUGAACAGAACCAAGAGAACCACAUCCCUGGGCAUGGGCUGUGCUCCAUUUCUCAGAGGAAAAAGAAACAAAGCGAGCAUGGGAAUGAUACUCCAGAAUACAGAAAAACUUUUCAUUCAUUCCUGAAGAUGAAUUUUAAUUCCAAGGAUCCCCUAUGAAAAAACAGCAAAAAUAAAAGAAUCAGGUAGGCUCUGUGUGUAUGCAGCACCCUAACUAUGAGGUACAGUAGAUUACUACUUCCGGUGAUGGGAGUCUGUCACAUGCUUAGUAACAUGUUAUUUAUGUUAGCGUUGCUUCAUAGCAGUUGAUAAGACAUUCAGCAGUGUUGAGUG